ACCAGAUUACUCCGUAUAAGAAUUGCCGAAUAAACCCUCGGCGGGUAUUCUCGUCUUUAGUCUGAUACUUUUCUUUUCCUUUACUUCUCUCUUCCUCUCCUCUCUUUUCUUUUUUAUUUCUCUUUUCGUGGUACGGUAAAGGAAUCCAGUUAAAAGUUCACUUCCGCUCGUCCAGCUCUUCUUCCUCCGCUUCCCCGUCAUAGCUACCAGAAACCAUCUUCCCCCACACAACGUUUCUUGGAACUCCGCCACUUCGACCGAGCUGCAAUUCUCCUCGGUUCAUUUAGAAACAAGAAGAGAAAGGAAGAAAGAGACAAUCAUCUCUUCAAUCUCUUCAAAUCGCAUAUUCACAACAUCUUUGUUUUCUGUUGUGAUUGUCCAGCUUCGGCUUCUAUUCCGGCAACGGUAUACUUCCGACUCCCUCCGCAGUGUCUCCGCGAUUUUCGGCACUCGACUUUUUUGACGAAGCCCCGAAUUGAAGACCAAUUCGUGGUCUUGGGAUUAGUCGCGCAAAAGAGAGUUUGAAGAACCUUUUGGGUGUAUAUAUCAUAUACAAUUCGUGAUCGAUUUACAUCAUGUCUGCCAAAACUGCAAAUGGCAAUAAGAGGGCCUCGCCCGCGGUCAACCUGAUCGCUGGUGGUGCUGCUGGUAUGAUGGAGGCUCUCGUCUGCCAUCCUCUGGACACGAUCAAGGUCCGCAUGCAGCUCUCGCGGAGAGCUACGGCCCCUGGUGUCAAGCCCCGUGGUUUCGUGGCCACUGGUGCCGAGAUUGUGCGCAAGGAGACCGGUCUGGGUCUGUACAAGGGACUGGGUGCCGUGUUGGGAGGUAUCAUUCCCAAGAUGGCCAUCCGAUUCACCUCCUACGAGUCGUACAAGGCUGCUCUCGCCGAUAAGGAGACUGGCGCGGUCACCAGCAAGGCCACCUUCCUUGCUGGUCUCGCCGCUGGUGUGACCGAAGCCGUCGCCGUCGUCAACCCCAUGGAAGUCGUCAAGAUCCGUCUCCAAGCCCAACACCACAGUCUGGCCGACCCCCUCGAUGCCCCCAAGUACCGCAGCGCCCCGCACGCUCUCUUCACCAUCAUCCGCGAAGAAGGUUUCAGCGUCUUGUACCGCGGUGUCUCCCUCACAGCCCUGCGCCAGGGAACCAACCAAGCCGCCAACUUCACCGCAUACACCGAGCUCAAGGCUGCCCUGCAACGUGCCCAGCCUGAAUUCGCCGACGCCCAGCUCCCCUCCUACCAGACCACCCUCAUCGGUCUGAUCUCCGGUGCCGUCGGUCCCUUCUCCAACGCCCCCAUCGAUACUAUCAAGACCCGUCUGCAAAAAACUCGCGCCGAGCCCGGCCAGUCUGCUGUGACUCGUAUUAUGGUCAUUGCUAAGGAUAUGUUCAAGACUGAGGGUGCGCGUGCUUUCUAUAAGGGUAUUACCCCUCGUGUGAUGCGUGUGGCUCCUGGUCAGGCUGUCACGUUCACUGUGUAUGAGUUCCUUAAGGGUAAAUUGGAGAAGUCCAACUGGGCCUUUGUGGGUGGUUCAUUUGAGGAGUAAGAAAGGAACUGUUGAAAUGGACAUUCAAGAAAGAGGUAGCCAAGGCUUGUUGGUUGUGGGAAGCUUGUGAUACCAUACCAAGCAUGGUGGCGUUGCGUUGUUGAUUUUGUCAUUUUUUUUUGCCAGCGUGGGCUUUGGAUACCCGCGAGAGACUGUGCUCUUUAGAGGCAGGCCAGUCGGAACAUUUUCUGUAUAUAUUCUGGUUUCCUUGAGUUUUGUGUAUAC